CUGAGUGCCACCUCUUUUCUGUUGUAAAAUUCUACUUUCUAUCCACUUUAUUCGUACCACAUACAAAACUCUGAAAUGACGCACACGUCGACCUCCAGCGCCGCCAGCCAGCAACCUCUUUGGACUCCCAAGAACCCAGCACAGACAAACACUCACACGUUUAGGCGGUUUGUAAAUGCCAAGCGCGGGCUGUCGCUGGAGACAUAUGACGAGCUGCACGCGUGGUCGGUUGAUGACAUUGAGUCGUUUUGGAGCGACGUGUGGGAGUACACAGGAACUGUGUCCAGCAGGCCGUACUCACAGGUACUUGAGCAGGGCAAGACUAUGGACGAGAUUCCCAAAUGGUUUAUAGGAGCGAAACUCAACUACACGGAGAACGUUUUCGCCGCAGUGGCUGAUAGCCAGCGCAUUGCCAUACACUCUGUCGGCGAGGGGCGCGCGCUGAAAAGUCUGAGCUUUGGACAGCUGCGUGACCAAGUCCGCCUGUGUGCGUCGGCGAUGCGCAAUAUGGGACUGGUGGCUGGAGACCGGGUCGCGGGAUACGUCCCCAAUAUCACCGAAGCCGUCAUUGCUUUUCUGGCUGCCGCCAGCAUCGGUGCCAUUUGGAGCUCGACGUCAACAGACUUUGGCAGCACUGCAGUUCUCGAUCGCUUUGUCCAAAUCGAGCCCAAGCUGCUUUUCUCGACUGAUGCCACCGGUUACAACGGCAAGGUGCACCCGCACGCCGAAAAGCUAGCCGCCGUCGCUGAACAGCUGCCGUCUGUGCAGCGCCUGAUUGUAAUUCCAUUCAGCGACAGUGAUGCCGGAGGCGACUUGUCGGCUAGACUGCCCAAUGCGUGCACGUGGGCCGACUUUAUGGCCACCGGCGACAGCAACGCUAGACUCGAAUUUGAGCAGCUGCCCUUUGAGCACCCGCUGUUUAUCCUGUUCUCUUCGGGGACCACCGGCAAGCCUAAGUGCCUGGUGCACUCGGCCGGCGGCCUGCUGCUGCAGCACCGGAAGGAGCACCAGAUAACCCAGGACUUGACGCCCGAUGAUAUUCUGCUCUACUACACCACCACUGGGUGGAUGAUGUGGAACUGGCUUGUCGGCGCGCUGUCCGUCGGGACAGCGAUUGUGCUCUACGAGGGUUCUCCGUUCAAGCCGGCGGCAAGUACACUCUGGAGCCUGGUCGACAGUCUAAAGAUCACGGCGUUCGGCACGUCGGCCAAAUACAUUCAGACUCUCGAGGACAUUGACUACAGACCCAAGAGGCACCACCACCUGUCGACGCUUAAGGCCAUAUACUCGACAGCAUCGCCGCUGAAGCCAAACAGCUUUGACUUUGUAUAUGAGCACAUCAAGGCUGACGGGGAAGUGCAGACGCGCGGGCUGGGAAUGGCAGUUGAGUGCUGGAUAGGCGAAAACCAGCCGGCACUCGGGCAGAGCGGUGACAUGGUCUGCGUCAAGCCAUUUCCCUGCAUGCCAGUCUUUUUCUGGGGCGACAAGGACAACCAGCGCUACCGCUCCGCAUACUUUGACUACUACGCACACGUGUGGUACCACGGCGAUUUUAUGAUCAUCGACGAAGCCACCGGCGGUGUGCACAUGCUUGGUCGCAGCGACGGCACGCUCAACCCGGCCGGCGUGCGCUUUGGUAGCGCUGAGCUGUAUAAUAUCGUGGACACGUACCCAGAGGUGGCUGACUCGCUUGUGGUUGGCCAGCGCCAGGGGGUUGACGAGCGCGUGCUGAUGUUUUUGCAGAUGGUGGAGGGCCAUGCCAUGUCGGCAGACGUUGUCAAGCGCAUCAGUGCGCAUAUUCGCAGCCAGCUUUCGCCGCGACAUGUCCCAGCGCUCAUUCUGCAAGCGACUGGAGGGAUCCCGUACACAGUCAACGGGAAGAAGGUUGAGAUUGCGGUCAAGAAGCUUGUCAGCGACCUCUAUCGCGUUGCGCAAGAGAGCGGCGCCGACGUGGCGCUGACGACCGUCACACCCGAUGAGAAGACCACGUCGACCUUGGCAAACCCCGAGUCGCUUCUCCAGUAUUACAGCAUGCCGGAGCUGCUGAAGUGAUAAAGUGAUAAAAUGAUAUAAUUAUGAAACCCUUUUUUAUCAUGUAGAUGAGAUGUAGAUACAGCAUCUUAUUAUGAGCAAUGAUUAUAAUGUAUGCUAAAAAAUAAUAUUUCUAACAUAACA